CUAAAACUUAUCUCCCAUAAAUCGACGAAACCCAUCGGGAAAAUCACGGACUUAAUAAUGGCGGAUCUGAGAGACGAACACGGGAAUCCGAUAAGGCUGACGGACGAACACGGGAACCCGGUUCAGCUGACGGACGAGUUCGGAAACCCCAUGCACCUAACCGGCGUGGCCACCUCCACCGCUCCCCACAAGGACGUCCCCUCGGUCGAAGCCCCGCCCCCGGCUCCCGUCGUUGAGCCGCAGCCGCAUGUCGGUGAGGGCGGCGGUGCCGUGGAACAGCUUCCUCGGUCGCCUAGUUCAUCCAGCUCUAGCUCGUCGUCAUCGGAGGAUGAUGGACAAGGAGGGAGGAGAAAGAAGAAGGGUUUGAAGGAGAAAAUAAAGGAGAAAAUAGGCGGCAGCAAGCAUAAGGAGCACAGGGAAGGACACGUGGAAGUUCCAAGUGCCACCACCGGCGUGUCCGGCCACGAGAAGAAGGGACUGUUGGAGAAGAUCAAGGAAAAACUCCCUGGCCACCACAACGACAACGUGAAAUGAACACAUUUUAGUGCGUCUUCUCAGUCGAUCUCUUUGUUUGUUUGUUUUUUUUUUCCUGUGGAGAAUAAAAUUGUGCGUCCAUGUUUGGGUCGAUGUUGUUUAUCAGUGAAGUUUGGGGUUGUUUUUUCAAUUUCCUACAAAUCUUUGCUCCUUUGUAUAAAUAUGGGAUUCUGGAUUGGCCUGUGGAUUUGUUUCCUUUGAUGAAUUUUCAGUUAUGCAAUCA